AUGAAGAACAUCGAUGAAGUAGAUUCUCGGAUUCAUUAAUACAUGGAAAAAAGGAAAUCCCAACAACCUAGUUCUUUUGAUUAAUCUACAAUUCUAUUUCAGGAUAAAGCUGGCUUAUUGAAUGAAUUGGAAACUCUGAGAUAAAAAAAUGUCAGCUUAGAACAAGAGUUAAAAGAAUUGCUUUCAUCAUAUGACGAAAUUCAAAGAGAAGAAUAAAUUAAGAGAUUAGAGCAAGAAAAAGCUGAAAUAAUUCAAAUUGAAUUGGAAUAAUUAAAGCAAAUGCAUUUAAAAAUGAGAGAGGAAUAUCAGCAGCAAGUGGAUUUCCUUUAAAAAUAAUUGGAUUUGGCUGAGCAAGAGAAAAUAAAAUUGCUUAUGGAAAAUUAAAAGCUAAAAUCAAAUCAAUGCAAUGAAUAAGAAACCUAAGAUUUAUAUAAUAAGGUGUUUAAAGAUGGUUAAGAAAAUAUCAAAUUUAACAAACAAAUUGAUAGAUUUUAGAAGGAAAUUCUAAAGUUGAAAACAAUUGUAGAAACAAAAAUCACUAAAAAGCAACAAGGAAAACCAAAGUUGACGACUAAACAAAAUGAAAGAUAAACAAAAAAUUGA